CUCCUCCGAGUCGUCCCGGACCCGUCCGCUCCAGAGUCACCUUGCACCGGCCGCUGCCGCCGCUGACCCGGGUUGAGAGCACCGUUCGGCCCGGAGGCACACAGACCGUCAGGGACCGAACCGGACCAGGCCGAGCAUGGCGGAGGCAAAGCCCAAGACGUCCCCGAAGAGCGUCAAGUUCCUGUUCGGGGGGCUGGCGGGGAUGGGAGCCACGGUGUUCGUGCAGCCGCUGGACCUGGUGAAGAACCGGAUGCAGCUGAGCGGUCAGGGAACCAAAGCCCGGGAAUACAAGACCAGCUUCCACGCCCUGAGCUCCAUCCUGAGGAACGAGGGCGUGGGCGGCAUCUACACGGGUCUGUCCGCAGGCCUCCUGAGGCAGGCCACCUACACCACCACCCGCCUGGGGAUCUACACCAUCCUGUUCGAGAAGAUGACCGGAGCGGACGGCCGGCCGCCCAACUUCUUCCUGAAGGCCCUCAUCGGCAUGACGGCCGGAGCCACCGGGGCCUUCGUGGGAACGCCGGCGGAGGUCGCUCUGAUCCGCAUGACGGCGGACGGACGGUUGCCUGCAGACCAGCGUCGGGGCUACAGUAACGUCUUCAACGCUUUGGCUCGAAUCACUAAAGAGGAAGGAGUCACUACGCUGUGGAGGGGCUGUAUUCCCACCAUGGCUCGAGCGGUGGUUGUGAACGCAGCUCAGCUGGCCUCAUACUCCCAGUCCAAACAAGCACUCCUCGACACAGGGUACUUCGGGGACGACAUCCUGUGUCACUUCUGUGCCAGUAUGAUCAGCGGUCUGGUCACCACGGCCGCCUCCAUGCCGGUGGACAUCGUGAAGACCAGGAUCCAGAACAUGAGGAUGAUCGACGGGAAGCCGGAGUACAAGAACGGCCUGGAGGUGCUGGUGCGCGUGGUGGGGAAGGAGGGCUUCUUCUCGCUGUGGAAGGGCUUCACUCCGUACUACGCCCGGCUCGGCCCGCACACCGUGCUCACCUUCAUCUUCCUGGAGCAGAUGAACCGGCUGUACCGGAGCCACGUGCUGGAGCGCUGACACACACACACACACACUCUGAGACACACUCUGACAACCUGACAACAACACACUCUGACUGUACCAGCACCACGUGCUGGAGCGCUGACACACACACACACACACACUCUGAGACACACUCUGACAACCUGACAACAACACACUCUGACUGUACCAGCACCACGUGCUGGAGCGCUGACACACACACUCUGAGACACACUCUAAAACACACACUUUGAGACACACACACACACACACACACACACACACACACACACACACACACAGGUGGUUUUGUAAAGGAGGGACUGUAAAUUAAAGAACUUGUCGUUCAGUUUGUAUCCUCAGUAAUAAAGUUCUCGUAGCGGUUCGCACUGCAUCAUGGGAGUGGCUGGUAACCGCGGCAACCGCAGAAAUAAA